AUGGCACCAGUACCAUCUGCUUCAAGAACUCGCUACAAACGCAAAGAGGAACCACGAAUGGAAUUGCAUUGUGGUUGCAAUGCUUCAAACUCCAAUGAGUCAUGGAAUAUUAAUAAUGGCCGGGAUUAUAACAAUGGUGAAGACAUUUCGGUGACUGUUUGUUCCACUCCAAAGGCUCAAAGAUUCAGAAUACCUGAGAUGUUAUCAUGUCCACCUGCUCCAAAGAAGAGAAGGGUAACUUCAAGCUUCGUAUCAGAUAGUAAUAUUAGAUCUCCUAUACCCUUUUUUGCUCCUCCGGAGAUAGAGCUUUUCUUCUUCUUGGCAUUUCAGAACAUCCCCUUGUGA